ACGAGAUGUAUCACCGCUAUAUGCGAGACAUUGGCUCCGAGGUAUCGGACGUCAAAAACACAUUUUCUGGUUGGGAUCAAUGCAUGGCAAAAACAUACUGCAANNAUGGCCAGUCAUCAUCGGUAUUGUCGCCGGCGCCCUCAUCGCCAUCUCAAUCAUCUGGUGUCUAGUCCGCUGCCUUUGCUGCGGCCUUGAAUGCUGCUGCAGCUGUUUCACCUGCUUUUCUUGCUGCACAUCUUGUUGCUCGCACUCUCAUCACCGUCAAGGAUAUUCGCAACCUGCUCCACCACCGCCAGUGUCGCAAUUUGCUACGCCGCAGUACACACAGUAUCAACCCGCUGCUGCACCCGUGUAUCGCGCCCAGCAAACCCAGAGACAAACACCACAAUACGCACACUUUGACGCCCCGAGUGCGAACAAACAUUACAAUGAAGAUGCAUUGCCUGCAAUGCCCAGCUGGAAUACUUCACGCACUCUGCGCCAACAAGACGAUGCCAGCGACAUGGAAAUGGGCACGAUGAACCACACUCAAGCUCAAUCUGCACCCAUGUUGCCGAAAUCGCCAAGGGCUCAGGUCAAUGAGUAUCCUUAUCAGGCUAAUGCUGGUGCGUAUGGGGAUGUGGCCGCUAGUCGCAGUCCAUAUGUUGGAGGAGAGCAAUAUGGGUAUGGUGGGUAUAGUCCAAGGGUUGCUUCACCGGCGACUGCGGCACCGAGUUAUCAUACCUCUGCUCCUGCUCCUGCUUCGGCGAGGAAGCCUGUGGGCGGCAGUUGGAGGGAUAUC